UGAAAGGCGUGUGCUGGCCUUGCUUUGUACUCAAUAGCAAAGAGCAUUGAACGGGUGGAUUAUUCUCGAGGCGUACAGGCGCGUGAAACGAAGUAAAGUAAGUUUCAUUUGGAUUUGACAGCUAUGUCUCAAGGAAGAAGCAAGAGCUCUAGUCCUCUACAAAGGAACCGCACAGACAGCAAUGAUCCACGUGAUUUAGAAAGAAGAAUUUUUGUCGGCAAUUUGCCAACAGACAACAUGGAUGUCAAAGACUUGGAAGGGAUAUUUGCAAAAUAUGGCAAGAUUAGUGCUGCCAGCCUCUUCCGUGGCUAUGGGUUCGUGCAGUUUGAACGUCACGAAGAAGCCAAAACAGCUAUGGAACUUGAAAAUGGUUGCCUUUUUAAAGAUUAUAGAUUAGAUAUUAAAAAGGCAACGGAGAAAAGAAGUAUGAAUAAGGCUCCAUCCAGGUCCAGCCCAACACGAAGAGAUGUAUAUGCUUAUGGAGAAACUCGUAGUGAAAGACGUGAUCGUUCCCCUAUUCGCACAAGCCCUAGAAGAGACAGAGACAGCCGAGAUGACAGAGCCUCAAGAACCCUUCGGGAUUCAAGGAAUGGAAGAGAUGGAAGAGAACCCAGAGAUUCUAGAGACUUAAGAGAUACUAGAGAUUUAAGAGAUCCUAAAGAUUCUCGUGAUCUCAGGGAUGCUAGAGAACCCAGGGAUUUCAGAGAUGCCCGUGAUUCCAGAGACUCUAGAGACUUACGUGACCCAAGGGACCUUAGAGAUUCGAGAGAUGCCCGGAGUCUUAGAGAUCCCCGUGAUGCUCGUGAUCUCAGGGAUCCAUUGUAUGAUCGCUACAGAGAUGUGAGAGACCCGUUAUACAGGCGUGAUGAAUCUCUUGAUAAAUACCGUCCUGAUGAUCUUUACCACAAGAGAGAUGACCCUUAUGUGGACCGCUAUCGAGAUUCACUUGAUCGACAUGGGAGAGAAGCCGAAGAUCGCUUGAAGCGUGAAGAUCGCCGUCGGGAGGAAUUGUACAGAAAAUACUAUGAUGAAAUUCAGAGACGCUUUGACGCUGAACGUCCUGUGGAAUGCUCUGUUGUGGUUGUUAACAAACAAUCAAAGGAGUAUGCAGAAGUAGUUGGAAGGAAAGUCCGUGACUUGGGCAUGAUGGUGGAUUUAAUUUUCCUGAAUACUGAGGUGUCCCUGACACAAGCAUUGGAAGAUAUUACCAGAGGAGGCACUCCUUUUGCUAUAGUGGUUACUCAACAGCACCAGGUCCAUUGCUCCUGUACAGUGAACAUCUUGUUUGGCACCCCUCAAGAGCAUCGCAAUAUGCCGAUUGCUGAUGCCAUGAUUCUUGUGGCAAGAAACUUUGAGCGGUUCAAAACUGAAACCCGUGAUAAAGAGCGUGAGACCAUUGCACGUCAAGCAGCCAAAAUGGCAUCAGAAGCAAUCAUGAGGGAACGAGCUCCACCCGUUGAUGAAGGAAUCAGAGGACUCCAUCCUCCAACCAUUCAGGCCAUUUUGGGUCUACUUGCAGAUAACCGAUAUGUUACUGCCGAUGAGAUAGACAAGAUUAUUAUCUACCUUCAUGAUAGAAAGGAAAGAUUGCUGCGUGGUUCCUCAGAACCAUUGCCACCUCAAUUGUCACGACCACCUAUGGGAGUUGCACCUGGUCCUCCCCUAGAAACUCCCAGUAUUUCAAGCAACCCACCUUUGUCAAUGACACAGCCAAUGGCCCCUGCUCAAUCAGCUCCACAACCCAUGAACAACCCCCAGCAGGAGCUUCAAGCAAAAAUUCUCAGUCUCUUCAAUAGUGGAGCAGGUGCUGGAACAAACACGAAUGCCCCCAGUGGUGCUUCUGCUGCUCUAGGAGCUUCUAGUCAAAGUUUUGGGAAUGUACCCAAUACUCAGCAGAGACCUGUGCCAGUAAACCCACUUGGCCAAACACCACAGAGAUCUCAAGUUCCAAUGGGGCAACAUCCAGAUCCAAUGGGACAAGGUGUACCUGGAAGAAAUGUAGCUCCCAGGCAAGGUGGUCCUCCACAAGCCACAACCAUGUAUGGGCAAAUGCAGGCUAGAGCUCCAGUACCUAGCAAUAUUCCCAACCAGCGGGCUCCUGGAUCAGCUGGAAUUAAUUUUGAUAACCCGAGUGUUCAGAAGGCUUUGGACACUCUAAUCCAGAGUGGACCAGCACUCUCUCAUUUAGUGAAUCAGACAUCAGGGCAUGCUGGCCGUGGAGGACCACUGCCACCACAUUCUGCCAUGGGACCAUAUCAGCGUCACUAUUAGCCAUGUUGCAUGUUUUACUGUCCAUAUAGUGAUACAUUUUUAGUUAAUUUCUGGUAUUUGAGGAGCAGUUGUACAUAUUUUUAUAUAAAUAUAUAUAUGCACCCUCUCAGAGUGACAGUCAUCUGGGUUGUAUACCUAAUAAUUGUUCCUGUGACCAAAUUUUGGGUCUCCUGAGACUUUCAGGUUUUUUUUCCCCUUCAUUUUUGUUAGCAAUAGAAUAUAGUUAGUGGAAUGUUUGUGAACAUUUACCUGUUAACGGUCUUGUGUAUUAAUUUUCUUAUUGAAAUUGUUUUUUUUUUUUUUAAAUAACUUUUUAAGUAAAUGUGUAAUCCACUAUAUGUAUGAAAUCUUUUAGUGUUUUUUUUUUGUGUGUUUGGCUUUUUUUAAUGUACAUUAUUCUAGACUGAUAUCAAAGAAUAGAUUUUUUUUUUUUUUUCGUGUGUGUAACAAAAAAUAUUCAAGAGGUAUACUAAAAUUAAGUUUAUUGCAUUUUGUGCUGACAAAAGUCUCAGAACAAAUGAGUUAGCACAUUUAUUGGUGCAUAAUGACUGUUUGCAUUCAACCACACAGAAUAAACACCCAACUACACAGAACAUGAAACUAUUUCAAUACUGAAUUAAAAGGUAACACAAAUAAAAAGCAGCCAAUAUAUAUGUAA